CAGAAUAAUUGAAUUAUUUUAGUGUAUGUUAUCUUUAUUCAUAUUGCAGAUUGUGUACUAUAGUUUUAGUUUAAUUUAAAUUAUUGAAAAAACGAAAUUUUAAGAUAUGGCAGCUAAUCAACUAUUGAGAGUUCCAAAGUUCAUGUCAAGGACAGAUCUAUUUUGCCGAUUUGGUGGAUUAAUGAAUACAAAAAAGUUUGCUUCUACCAUUGUUAAGGAUGGGAGUGCAAAAGACUUACGGACAAAAAUUGUAGAUGACGUUUUAGUUGUUACUUUGGAUUUACAAAAUGCAAAAGUUAAUUCUUUAAAUGUAUCCAUGACCUCUGAGCUAAAGUCAAUUUUACAAGAGCUCGAAACAAAUAGCGCUAUCAAAUCAGCUGUGGUAAUUUCUGGUAAACCAGGGUGCUUCAUUGCUGGAGCUGAUAUAAGCAUGCUUGAAAAAUGUAGGACCUUGGAAGAGGCUUCAAAUAUUUCGAGAGAAGGACAAGAUUUCUUUCAUCAAAUGGAAAAUAGCCGAAAACCCAUUGUGGCUGCUAUUAAUGGAGUAUGUCUCGGAGGAGGUUUUGAAUUAGCUAUGGCGUGUCAUUUUCGUAUAGCAACAACAUCAAGGACAACAAAACUCGGUACACCGGAAGUUUUAUUAGGUCUUCUUCCUGGUGCUGGUGGUACAGUUCGGCUUUCGGAACUUAGUAACGUGAGAACAGCUUUAGAUUUGUGUCUCACAGGAAAACGUGUAUCAGCGAACAGAGCGAGAAAAAUAGGAUUGGUAGAUUUGUUAGUUAAUCCCCUAGGGCCAGGAUUAGCUCCAAAUGAAGAAAAUACCAUGCAAUAUUUGGAAAAAAUCGCUAUCCAAGUAGCAAAAGAUAUUGCCAGAGAAAAAUUAAAGGUAAAUCGUGGAAGUAAAAGUUUGAUGGAUAAAGUUUUGAAGGCCUCUAUGGGCGUAGAUUUCAUUAGAAAUAAUAUAUUCAAAACUGCCCAAAAGCAAGUUUUAAGUCUAUCAAACGGCCUUUAUCCCGCACCUUUGAAAAUAAUCGAUGUUAUUCGAACAGGUAUUGAAAAAGGAACUUCAGCUGGAUAUGAAGCUGAAAGCAAAGCAUUUGGAGAACUUGCUAUGACUCCGGAGUCAAAAGGCCUUAUUAGCCUAUUUCGUGGUCAAACUGAAUGUAGAAAGAAUCGUUUUGGACAGCCAAAAUUGGAAGUUAAAACUGUCGGGGUGUUAGGUGCUGGCCUUAUGGGUGCAGGCAUUGCCCAAGUAUCAGUUAACAAUGGAUAUCAAGUUUUUAUGAAAGACACAUCCAUUAAAGGACUAGCACGGGGAGUGGAACAAAUCCAGAAAGGAUUAGACGCUCAAGUGAAGAGAAAAAGAAUGGGCGUAGUGGAAUGCAAUCAAAUAAUAUCCAAAUUAAAACCUACACUCGAUUAUAAAAAGUUUCAAAAUGCAGACAUAGUCAUCGAGGCCGUAUUUGAAGAUUUAAAAGUCAAGCAUGCAGUAAUUUCAGAAUUGGAGUCUAUAGUGCCUUCUCAUUGCAUAAUCGCAACCAAUACAAGUGCAAUACCUAUCAAAAAUAUCGCUGAGGUCAGCUCAAGACCUGAAAAUCUGAUAGGCAUGCAUUACUUUUCACCUGUUGACAAAAUGCAAUUACUCGAAAUAAUUACACAUCCGAAAACUUCUAAGGAAACUACAGCUAAAGCUGUGGCUGUAGGCCUUAAACAAGGAAAAGUAGUGAUUACAGUAAACGACGGCCCUGGCUUUUAUACAACACGUAUUUUAUCAACUAUUUUGUAUGAAGGAAUCAGGCUUAUUCAGGAGGGCGUGGAACCAACUGAACUUGACAAUUUAACAAAACGAUUUGGUUUUCCAGUAGGCGCUGCUACAUUAUUUGAUGAGGUUGGAAUUGAUGUGGGUGCUCACAUUGCUUUCGAUUUGGCCAAAGCAUUCGGACAACGGUUUAGUGGAGGAAAUUUGAAUUUGUUGCAAGAUUUAGUUCUAGCGGGAUUUUUAGGUAGGAAAUCCGGAAAGGGCAUAUUUAUAUACGAUGGAACUCAAGGAAAGGGCAGUCGGCCUGUAAAUAUGGAUUUCCUUACCAUUGUAAAAGAGAAAUAUUCUCUUGUCUCAAAGGGAGCAAAUACCACAGAAGAUUUAACUAUACGAAUGGUAUCGCGUUUUGUGAAUGAAGCUGUUCUCUGCUUAGAAGAAGGAAUUUUGGAUAAUCCUUUAGAAGGUGAUAUUGGUGCUGUAUUUGGUUUAGGAUUUCCACCUUUCUCGGGAGGGCCAUUCCGUUGGGUCGAUCAUUACACAGCAUCAAAAUUAGUAGAAAAGAUGAAGUCAUAUGCUGAUUUGUAUGGCAUCGCAUUUAAACCUGCACAAACCUUGGUGGAUAUGGCGAAAAAUUCUUCGAAGAAAUUCUAUCCAAACGCUGGAUCAUCUAAAUUAUAAAAUGUACGUAAAUAAGCAAACUAACUUGCUCAUAUGAAACCUUUUCACUAUAUGGAAAAAGCAACAUUAUUGUAUGUCGAAUAAGCAAUUUUUUACUCAUUAAGUUAAAAAUAAAAUCGUAAAUAAAUCGUAAAAUAUCUCUAGUACAAGAGAAUACAGGAA